AAUGAAACCCAUUUUUGGCAUCGACUUCACUCCACUCACGGAAUCGUGGGAAGAGCAAAUUCAGAUGUUAGGCGUUUUGAUUGUAUACGUGCUGACAUUCCCGAUGACUGUUGUCUUCUUCUUUCUGCCAUUCAUCCUGAUGUUCAUGGGUCAAUGGCAUCUUCUCUUCGCUUAUUUCCUAUGGUUUUUAUACGAUAAAAAAUCAUCAAAAACUGGUGGAUAUGAGGGACACUGGCUACAGGAGCUGAUAUGUAACAGAUGGUUUGCCGAAUAUUUCCCAGCUACUCUUCACAAAACCGCCGAACUACCAGCUGAUAGGAAUUACAUUAUCGCAGCUCAUCCACAUGGAAUAAUUUGUUUCGGAAUUUAUGCAACUUUCGUAACAAAUGCAACUGAAAGGAGUAAAAAGGUAGUGUGCCUUUCUAUCGAUAUAACUGCAUUCAGAAGAGAAUGGCUAUUGCUGAGUGGUUUUAUCGACUGCUCCAAGGAAAGCAUACAAAACGCUCUUACAAAGAAGAAAGCCGGACAAGCUGUUAUCAUUGCUGUUGGUGGAGCCGAGGAAGCGCUCUACGCCCGACCGGGUGAACAUAAACUAAAGCUGCUCACCCGAAAAGGUUUUGUGAAACAAGCACUCCGAUGUGGUGCCUCAUUAGUUCCUGUGUAUUCAUUUGGGGAGAACGACCUCUACCUACAGCUCGACAAUCCGGAAGGUUCGAAGGUACGCAAGUUCCAGACCUGGGUUAAGAAGCAUAUCGGAAUUUCCGCGCCACUCUUUUAUGGCAGAGGAAUAUUUCAGCAAAAUUUCGGUUUUAUGCCGUUCCGAAGACCAAUCAACACUGUCAUCGGGGCACCAAUAGAUGUUCCGAAAGUGCUUGAGCCGACUGAUAUGGAAGUGGACCGUGUCCAUCGUCAAUACUGUGAAGCUCUCACGGAGCUCUUUGAGCAGCACAAAACACGAUUCGGUGUUUCGAAAGAGACAAAGCUUAUACUUGUAUAG